AAAUGCAUUUAUGCUGUCAGUGUGAAUUCGCCGCUCAGUUUGUUCAAUUUUGGUGUUUAAAACCAUUUUUCUGGAAAGUUCCGCUUUACAUAUGAAUUUCUAGAGAAAAGCAACUGCUUGCGGUCUCUUGAUAUUUUGGUACGUCCUUAGAGAUAAAGUGAUUUAAAGUAGUGCAAAAGAUAUGGCACUAUUACUGCCAUGUUACAAUCGAGGUUGCGGCCAGAAAUUUGACCCCAAUAGUAACAACGAAGAUAUCUGUAUCCACCACCCGGGAGUUCCAUUCUUCCACGAUGCCUAUAAAGGAUGGACCUGCUGCAACCGAAAAAGUGUCGAUUUCACCGAGUUUCUCAACAUUAAAGGUUGCACUGCUGGGAAGCAUUCUAAUGAAAAACCUCCUGAACCAGAAAAACCAGCGAAAGAAGAAGUUAUUGAAGAAAUUCCUCAGCCAAAGAUGCCGGAACCGACUAAAAAGUCCACUCUAGUGCGACCUCCGUGGGACAGUCCACUAACGAAGAUGGAUCCAACUGUAAAUGCAGCUUUUCGAAAGCAAAUUGAUGAUCUUCCAGAAACCCCAACAGCGCACAAAUCCAAUUCGGAUCCAUCCGAAAUAAAGCCUGGAACAACUUGCAAGCAUGGUGGAUGCAAUUACGUGUACGAGGGAGAUGUGGAUAACAGCAAACCAUGUGUUUAUCACCCGGGUGUUCCUAUUUUUCACGAAGGACUCAAGUUCUGGUCCUGCUGCCAACGAAGAACCUCGGAUUUUACCGCUUUCAUGAAUCAAGUCGGCUGUGAAACAGGAACUCACAAAUGGACCAGCGACGAGGAGCAGUCGAAGAUUGUCAACUGCAGGCUGGACUGGCAUCAGACUGCAACACAGGUUGUUGUAACAGUUUAUGCAAAAAUGUAUCAUUAUCGACUCAGUACGGUUAAGCUAAAUCCGAUUCGGUUGGCCAUUUGUUUGGUGUUUCCUCAGCAGAAUAAUCAAGAGUACAAUACUGACCUGGAACUCAGAGGAAUAAUUGACGUAAGCAAAUCGAAAGUUCAAAUGUUUGGCACAAAAGUGGAGGUAACACUUGUGAAGGCCGAACCUGGACAGUGGCCAAAGUUGGACUUUCCUAGGGAGAAGAAACUCAGCGCAGAGCCAAAACCAGCAGAUGAGGAAAGCAAAAAACAGACCGCUGCUGAUGAUAACGAUUCAGAUGUAGACCUCGACGAUAUCGAGCCCGCCUUUAGUUCAGCUACCUUAAAGGAAGUGAAAUAACGAUCCGAACCAGAGUACAUUACAUUUAGUUAUUUCUUAGCCAAUGCUACUUCGUCUGUGCGUUCCUUAAUAAUAAAGAAGAAAUUUUCCUGGAA